GUCAUUUGUUUAGCACCUUGCAAAUCUGAAAGUGGCAACUUUCUACAGGGUAGCAACAGACGUAAUUAUAGCUAUACAUGCUUUAUUCGAACAACACACGAUGUAUGUGAGGGCCAUGUUAAAUUGAAGCAUGGGAAGUGGCACCUCAAAGAAAUCAGCUCCAGUGAAGCAGCAGUCUCCACCUUCAGAGCAAACCCAGAAUGGGCUAGUUUCUAGGAAUACAGUACAUGUAGAGGAGCAUGUUGAAAGGGGACAUGGCCAAACAGCAACUGAUGGCCAUGGGAAGACUCAACUAGUGGAUGGAGAAACUGAAUUAACAAUUGAAGAUAUUGAGCAUGCAUGGAACAAAGUAGACGAAACUGCAAAAAAAUCAGAAAAUGACAAGUCUCCACACAGCAAAAAACUGGUAUCUGGAUGGAGAGAGAUACGCAUUUUUAUUUCAUCCACUUUUACUGACAUGCAAGCAGAAAGAGAUGUUCUGUUGAAGGAGGUGUUCCCAGAGUUGCGUGAAUGGUGUCAGGAGCGUAAACUUGACCUGAUAGAUAUUGACUUGAGAUGGGGUGUGCCAAAGGGUGCAUCAUCUGAAGAAAUACUUAAAGCCUGCCUUGGAGAAAUUGACCGCUGCUAUGAUAUGAAUGACAUGCCUUACUUUAUAAAUAUGACAGGGCACAAAAUAGGUUGGAUUCCAGAUAUGGAAGAAGUCCCAGAGCACCUGGUGGACGAAUAUGAAUGGAUAUUCAAAUUGUCUGUAACAGAGAUGGAAAUUGUUCACGGUGCAUACAGGAAAAAGAAUCCAAAUGCCCUUUUCCUAGUGAGAGAGGAUCCGAUUUAUGAAGCUCAUAUGUCAGGGAAAGAACUGGGCAGAUUCAAAGAAGUCAACAACAAUAGACCAGUAAAAAGGGAAAAACUGUUGAAAAUGUUACAGAGGCAGUUCCCUGAAACUAUUAUGUCAUACAAGUGCUACCUGUUAUCUGGUAAAAAUGGACUAGAGAUUCAAGUGGAUAAUUUCUUCAAAGAUGCUGUCAUGAAGUUUUUUAAGAAACGCAUUGAUGAACACUACCCUCUGAAUAGAGGUGCUGAUGUUAGUCCUUUAGCCAGGGUGCGAGAAACCCAUGAGGCAUUUAUGGAAACAAAGAGUGAAUAUGUGCUGGGGCGUGAUAGUAUAAUCAAGCAGAUCCUUGAUUAUGUGAGAACUGAUGGUGUCAGUGCACCUCUAGUUGUCGUUGGUCCAGCAGGUAUGGGGAAGUCUUCAGUGAUGGCCAAGGCAGCCCAGGAGCUCAGUUUUGAAGCAGAGAAAACGGAACAGUCUGACAAUGUUCAGCAGAAACUGAAGAGCAAAUCUGGUGAAGAUAUUGCCCUGUUUUAUCACUUUGUUGGAGCGGUGCCUGACUCAACAGAUCUGUUGUUGCUAAUAGAGAGACUCUUGGCAGAAUUGGGGAUAACACCAGAUAAUGAUGCAAUGAAGGACCUGGAUUCAGCUUGUAAUAUGUGCAGAAGUAUUCUGGCAAGCCCAGACACUAAACCGGCUGUCAUAUUCAUUGAUGCUGUCAACCAGUUAACAAUAUGCCCUCCUGCCUUGAACAUGGACUUCCUCCCUGGAAUGCUGUCCCCUAAUGUGAAAUGUGUUGUUUCUGUGACUGAAGACUCUCCUCACCUCCAGUCACUCAGGAAGAUGGGGACACAGAUGAAGGAGAUUAAAGUGACUCCACUUUCAGAUAAGAAGAUAAAAGAGGAAAUUGUGACAACAUAUCUCCAGAAGUACAACAAAAAGCUGAACCAGGCCCACACUGAACUGAUCAUCAACAAGAAAUAUUCUGAAAACCCUCUCUGGUUGACUGUUGCUUUGGAGGAGCUCAGGGUUUUUGGGUUCUUCAGCAAGUUGGAAAAUAAGAUCAAUGAUUUGGCUGAUGGUUUAGAACCUUUGUUAAACCAAGUAUUAGAAAGAUAUGAGGCAGAAGCAGGAGCAGAGAUGUUGAAAUGUACACUGUGUUUGAUAGAAGCCUCUGCCUCUGGUCUGAAGGAAUCAGAGCUGAGGAGACUCCUUGCCUUUGUUAUACCACCUACAGUGGGGAAAGAUGAUGGAUGGUUUGCUGUUGGACCAGAAGACCCAACUCCUGGUUACAUCUCACCUUUUAAAUGGGCAGUAGUCUACAGACAUCUGAGAUCCUUUCUCAGACCAUAUGGAAAUCGUGGGGAAGGAAGGCUAGAUUUCUAUCACAGAUCACUAAGCAAAGUUGUUAGAGACAGAUAUAUGCAAAGUGAACAGCACCUAAAAUGGUGGCAUGAGAAACUGGAGUUGUUCUUCACAAAUUCUGAUGUUUUGGACAGAAAAGUAGAGGAGCUUCCUCACCAUUUGAUAUUCCUGCAGAAGACAACCAAACUGGCAGAGUUUCUUACAGACUGGCAGGUGUUUGACAAGCUUUACAAUGAGGAGUGGAGUAGCACACUGCUGCAGUAUUGGCAGAAGGCAGAAAAUGCAGGAGAUACAGGGGGUACUGAUGGUCAGGCUAAUGUUGCAGGAGUUGAUGCAAAAGAAGAAGCUAAACGUAAAAAGCAAGCUGCUAUCGAGGCAAAGUUGGCUGCCAUCAAGGCAAAAUCACUGGACACACCGAACUUGGCAUCAAACCAAAAUGAGGCGAAAGUUGUGAAUAUGAUGAAGAAAUAUUACCUUGCAAGUCUACAGAAGAUGGAAAAAGAUGGCGUAGGAAAGGAAGACUUGGCCAGAAGACAAGAGCAAGUGGCCAGGCUGUUCUUUCAAGCAGGAUUGUAUGACGAUUCACUGGCAUUAGCUGAGAAGGCUAGAAUGUUGGAAGAACAGAGUCUUGGUGGCAGACCUGGGCAACUAUCAAAUCUCCUUUCUUUAAAAGCCCAAUUACUUUACCAGAAACUUGGGGACCACAUCAAUACAGUCCAGUCAGACUCUGUGUGGACCAUCUUGGAAAAUGCCUUCAGAGCUGUGGAAGUCAGAGAGCAAAGCAUACAAGAUAAAGCAGAUAAGAUAAAAUGUGCCCAGUAUAAAUUACAGUCUGCUAUGUAUUUAUCUCACUGGAUACAGUUGGGCGGUGGAAACCAGAUGACCAAAGAGGAUGCAAGAAAGAAAGGGACAGAGUAUGUUGAUGAAGUAAUGAAGGUAUUUGAAGAGUGUAAUGACUUUGGGAGACAAGCUGAAGCAAUGAUGAUGAAAGCAGUAAUGGCCGAACCAGGAACAAGGGACCAGUUGGAGCUGUACAAACAAGCCUUAGACAAGUGCCAGCGUUCAUAUGGGGAAUGUUCCCCACUGGGUGCACGCAUCAACAGCAACAUUGCUGCCUUUUAUGAAGAUGUUGACCAGUAUACCAAAGCUUAUGGGCAUUUUAAGAAAGCAAAGGAUACCCUGGAGGAUUUGUAUGGACCAAAACAUCCCAAAGCUGUACAGCUUCAGGAGAUUUUGGAUGGUGAAAGAUACCAAUAUAUUGCAAAAAAGGUAGCAGGGGAAAAGGCUUAAAAUUGAAUAGCUAAUCAUGUUUAACUUAUCAGACAUGGGGAAACUGCCUGUCCAACUGGUCAUGGCUGCUUGAAAUGCCCAAGCAAGAUUUUUGAUAUCACAGGACCUCUGGACUGGCAAGGUUUAUGUGAAAAUACAAUACAAAAUGAUAAAUCACAUUUAAACCAAGAGUAACGGAAAUAAAAUACUUAGUUAAGACAGAUUUAUAGUGCAAAAAAAACUUAGUUAAGACACUCAGUAUUUUCCUUAUGUCUGUGUAAGAACAAAAUUCCCAAAUUUUAUUGUAAACUCAAGGGUAAUUGCUAUCAUUUUUAGAGGUGGGUGGGGAUUGUAACCUACAGUUAAGUGCCAUAUAAAUUUUAUUAGAGAAGCGGCUGUUCUAAGACUAUGCAUUAGUUAUUUUUAUGAAGAUGAAUAUAUGUUCAUCAAUAUACCAUUUUCAUCAAUAUACCAGUUUCAUAUUAUUGUAUACAAUUUUUCUUAACAUUUAUUUUCUAUAUAAAGUUUUUAACUUACUGCCAUGACUGGCCCUAAAGAGACAUUAGUAAUACUGUUAUUGUACAAAGUGCCAUUCCGUCCUUGAAACUGUGAUAUUUUACAGAUUACAGAUUUUACAUUUAAGCAUAAACAGAAU